CAUUGCCAAAAAAACAAAGCAAACAACCAACAUUUACCACCCACCCAUGGACACGCCCAAUUUCUUUUCCGGCCGGUCUCCGUCUCCGAGGAGGGAGCUCCAAGGCCCCCGCCCCGCCCCCCUCAAAGUCCGCAAAGACUCCCACAAAAUCCGGAAACCACACGCGCCGCCGCUUCCGGUGAUAAUCUACACCGUCUCCCCCAAAAUCAUCCAUGCAAACCCUAACGACUUCAUGUCUCUAGUGCAACGCUUGACCGGCCCCAACGCCACGUCACCCUCCUGCACCCCGGCCGCCCGUUUUGCCUCCAUCGAGCGAACCAAGUCGCCCGACGUGAGAAAAACGGCGGAUGAGAUCGAGAUAGAUUCGAUUAUUCGAAAAAACGUCCAAUUUCCCGGGAUUUUAUCGCCAAAUCCAAGUGCUCUUCCCCAAAUCCAUCCGAAUUUGUUCAAUAUCUCGUCGGAUAAUAAUAGUAGUAAUAAUUAUUUCCAUGAAUUGAGCCCAGUUUUGUAUAGCAGUAGGAAUUAUUUAGAAAACAAUCUCAUAUCGCCAAACACUUUGGAUCUAUUCCACAGCUUAUUUGACGUACAAUCGCAGGAGGAACUGCAGAGAAGGUAACCGUAGGGAUUGAAUGGGAUUUUGGUUUCAGACAAAAGGGGACUUUGCUACGUUACGUUACUCCUUAAUUCAAUGGCCAUGAAUCAAUGUGAGGUUCAUGGCUGUCUUUAGCAAGUGGAUGAUAUUUAAUUCAUACUAUUGAUUAUUGUAUCUAUACAUUUCUUUUACAAUUGAAAAAUUAGUUUUGUGGGCCUUUUUAGGUUUUAGGCUCAAAUAGUUGGCUUUUGGUUUACGUUGAUUGUAUUUGUAGACUUGUAGUAUCAUCUUAAUUAGUUUGUGAUAGUGAUUCAUUUUUUUUGUCACAUUUAGACUGGACGACUGAUUUUGCCGUCCUUGUAGCCCUA